UGCUUGCCUUUGUGUUUACCGGCAGAAACAUUGUAUUAUAAGUUAUAAAACUAUAAGGCUACAUUUUCUAGUUAGUCAUAGUAAUACUACAAUGUCUGACGAAUCAUCCAACACACAGAGCGCCAAAAUCUGUGGGCUGUGUAAUGAGAACCCUAGUAAAUACUGCUGCCCCCGCUGCGAAGUAUUGUACUGCUCCUUAGAUUGCUACAGAUCUGAAAAGCACCAAGAAUGCUCCGAAAACUUCUACCGCAACUGUGUGACAGAAGAACUCGCCUCAAAUCACGUUGAUGAUGAAUCUAAGCGCAAAAUGAUUGAAAUAUUAAAGCGUAUGCAUGAGCAAGAAAUAGACACUGAGGAUAUCAAGGAGAUGCUAGAAAACAUGGACUCGGAUGAUGAAGAAAGUGAGGAUCUUCAUGAAAGAAUUAAAGGGCUUAAUUUAAAUGAUGCUGAUCAGCUGUGGGGAGUAUUGACGGAAGAUGAGAGGAAUGAAUUUGAGGCUCUGUUAAAUAAGGGUGAUGUGGGAGCUAUUAUGCCACAGUGGGAGCCAUGGUGGAUGUUUAGAAAGAAAGAGAAGAAGGUAGAGGAAAUAACUAAGGAAGAAAGUGAAGCAUUGAAAAAGUGUCCUGAUUUAAAGAAGGUUCCAGCUUUAGAUUCUAUGACUACUGUCCAACCCUCCCCAGCAAUAAAGUUUAAUAUAACAAAUAUCAUAGCAUCCUACGCAUUUGUGAUGCGAUACUUCAACGGAGACGUGGAGCCCCUGGAAUGGGUAACACAUUUCCUCAAUGUUUGUGCCAAUUUGGAGUCUAGUGCCAAUUUUGAUGACCCUGCCAUAGCCGUUGAGUCAGUUGUACAGAAAUGCUUACAGAGUGAACUCAUUGAAACAGACGCGCCGAGUCUGGAUGUCAUGAAGCACGACACCUAUUUAAUCCUCCAAGGACCCAGUAAAGAGCACAAAAAUCACUACUGCAAAUCAGCUCUCUCAGAUCUCUACAGGGUGCUACAUAAAGCCAAAUCUAUAUCAAAAGCGCAGCCUACUGAUGAUAAGAAACAAAGUAAAGAUAAAGCAUUUUCUAAGAAGUUUCCGGAGCAUGGGACAGAACAUUUACCGCCCUUGGAUGGUAACAAGUUGAAGAAAUGUAUGAAGAAAGUUGAAUAUUAUUUGUCCUUCCUUGAAAGUGGCAUAGCAUAGCAUGGAAUUUGAAUGAGAACUUUUAACCUUUUCGCCGCCACGUCAAUGAAGUAAUAAAGUGUCAUCAACGCCAUGUCAAAAAUUGCACGUAAACAACCCGUAUAAACAUAUAAGUUAAUAAGACGUUUACUCAAAAAGUUUGAACAUAAGUACAUAUAAAAGUACACGAUAAUGCUUACAAACUAAUUGAAAGGAAAAGUGGUUUAGCUAAUGUCUGUGCCAAAAGCCACCGCCGUAUUUGUAUCUAGCCAAGGACAGCAGAAACAUUUACACUAUUACAUAUUGGACAGAAUAGCAAAACCGUACAAUGCGCAGUAGAUAAAAAAGUGCUAACUUAACUAAAAAUCAAUAUUUAUAAAGAAGGUUACUCAACCAAAAGUGCAUGUUACUUCCUUUUGGAGGUCCAGUAAAUAAGCCUUGCAGCGUAGUUUGAAAACCGCCAGGGACUUACAGUUAACUACUGAUGGCGGCAAAUUGUUCCAGCAUUUAGACGCAUCAAGUCGUAGCGUGGUGUGCACGCAAUGUACUGACUUUACAUCAAGUCAAUGGCGGCAAAAAGGUUAAAGAGUUGUAUAAUGUAAAUAAUGGAUGUUAUGUUUGUAAGAAUAAAUAAAGAUUGUAAGUUCCA